CCCGUUUCCAUGGGGAAAAAAAAGUCCUCUCUCCAUUCGGCGCCAUUUUCAAAUGCCUUUAGCGCCGAAACUUGCGCUACAGAGCCGCCGGAAGACAAGGGGAGGGGAAGGAGCUUCGCCAGCAAGUCAACCGACGAAGUUUAAAUGCCUCAGUUACCGGUCUAAUAAAGCCUAAUACAUACAUUAACUUGGCGAAUAGCUAACACAGAUAUAAUUUGGCUGAUAUCGACACUGAGACCUGACUCGUUAAGAAGGGAACAUAUAUUUGGACGCGUCAGCUAUCUCAGCUACGAAGCUAGAUAGGUGCAACAGCUGGAUGAACAAUUCUGACUUAGCUUUGGGUUGUGAAGCUUUUUGUCAAAAUGACCACCAACGCCGAGAGAAAAUUCAUCAACCUGAGGAAACGGCUUGACCAGCUAGGCUAUAGGCAGCCUUUGGGCAUUGAGUCGCUGCCACUGGUGGAGAAAUUAUUCAAUGACCUGGUGCACACCACGGAGUCCCUGCGCAGUGCGAAGCUCUCUGCAGGACGGACGGAGCAGGAGAGCCGGAGCGUGGACUCUGUGCUGGAGCCGUACCGUGCAGAGAACGCCCGGCUGGUGAGGGAGAACAACCAGCUGCACCUGGGGCUGCUCCGGCUGAAGGAGGACAAGGAACGGCUCAACAGAGAGCAGAAGAUCUCCAUCAGGAAGCUGGAGCAGGACAUGUGUGAUCUGAAGUUCCUGAAUAACCAGUACGUGCACAAGGUGCGGUCCCUGGAGAAGGACUGCAAAGCCAAGACCGAGCGCAUCCAGCAGCUUCAAGAGAAAAACCUGCAGGCCGUGGUGCAGACGCCGGGAGGGAAGAAGCGCUCCAUUCCCUUCAGACGGCAGCGGAUGCAGAUUGAUGACCUCAUUCCCCCCUCCUGCGGCCCCUCCCACCCCGCGGCUCAGCCUGAUGACCCGUACAUUGCAGAUCUCCUGCAGGUGGCUGACAACAGAAUCCAAGAGCUGCAACAGGAUCUGAGCCAAGUCUCCUUGGAACUGGAGCGAGCAGAGGGAGGCAUCUCAGAGCUCAACACACAGGUGGCUGAUCGUGAUGGUGAGAUUGAACGUCUGAACCGUGCUCUGAUUGGUGGACGGCCUCAUGAUGUCAUCACUCUGGAAGCUCAGAACAUCAGCAGCGAGAAGCUCAUUUCCCACUUGAACCUGCAGAUAGAGUACCUGCAGGAGGCAAACCGGGAGCUGGAGCAGCAGGUGCAGGAGGGGAAGCAGCAGCAGGUCUGUGGCAUGGCGGAUCUGAGUGCGCGGAACCAGGAGCUGUGCCAGGAGCUGAGCCACAUCCAGGACCUGGCCCAGAGCAUGCAGCAGGACCGGCAGCUCGUGCUGGAGACGGCCGACAGUGAGCUGCAGGAGGCCAAGAGUGAAAUUGCUCGUCAGAGCAGCUUGAUUGACAGCCUUGAGAGGGACCUGGCAGUGAGUGACCGUGAGAAGGAGGCAGUGAGGGUGGAGCUUGCAGAAGCUGUUGUGCAGAAGGAGAGAGCGGAUGGAGUGAUGAGCUUCCUGGAAGAGGAACAGAGAAGACUUCAGGAGAGAGUGGAGAAACUGACCAUCACUGAGAAGGAGCUGGUGGUGGAGUUGGAGAGGAUGCGGUCCCGGUUCGGGGUGUGUGGGACCCCGCGGUCGCCUUCGCGUCUCGAUGCCUUCGUCAAAGCUCUGGAGCAGGAGCGCGACCACUACAGACAGGAGGUGGAGCUACUGAGGAGGGGCGGGGCCCGGGGGACAAGCCCCGCCCAUAGCCCAGGCAGAGGGAGGAGUCCCAGGCGAAGCUUAACAAGCCGGGGGUCCAACUGUGAACAGGAGCUCUUGCAGACAGUGAGGGAGAGGGACCAGCUCCAGGAAGUGCUGCUGGGGUUUGAAAGGCACAUGGAGGACAUCCAGAACAACGUGAAGGAGCUGAGCACUGAGAGAGACACACUCAGCACCCUGUACCAGCAGGUGCAGGAGGAACUACAGCGGGUACGCAGUGGGGAAACGUUCUCAUUGGUGGAGGAGCAGAAGGAGAGGGCAGAGUCUGACCUCCGUAGAAUGACAUCAGAGCGAGACGCGCUCCACGAUAGGCUGAAGGUCGCCUACAGCACAGCUCUGACCGAAAGGGAAGUGGAAGACGGUCGGGUCGCCAACCUGGAGAACUUCAUAGAGACGUUGCAGAGAGAGAGGGCAGAUCUGAUGGCCCAGCUCACCCUGCUGAAGGAGACCAAACUGGCGCUGGAGGCGGAGCUUAAAGCCCAGUCUGCUGCCAUGUGUCAGACGGCUGAGGAAGCAGCCCAGCACCGCGAGGAGGCCAGCACCCUGAGGUUGCUACAGGAACAGAUGGACCAGUCUGUCUCAGAGUACAAGAACAACAUGUUGGUGAAAAGUGAGCAGCUGAGUGCAGCUCACGCCCAGAUCAGCAACCUGGAGGAGAGACUCGGGGAGCUGAGGUGCCGUGAUGAGGUGAACACGCUGCAGAAGUCUGUCGCUGCUCUGGACAGACAGAAGGAUGCUCUGCAGGACGCGGUCGACGAGAAAACCGAAAGAAUCGUCUCCCUGCAGGACGAGAUCGGCAACAAGGAAAAGACCCUGGCAGCUGUGAGACUCACUGUCACUGAUAUGGAAAAGUCUCUUCAGCAGCUGAAGGGGGCGCUGCGCAGCCGGGAGCAGGAGGUCUGCAGUCUGCGCAGGCAGCUGGACGGGGUGCAGGAGGAGCUGUCGGAUGCGUCCCGCGCGAGAGAGACCGCUCUCAGAGAGAACCGCCGCCUUCAGGAAGACCUGCUCACCAUGACCAGAGAGAACCAGGCUGUGCAUGCAGAGAUGGAGGAAGCCCUGCAUGAGAAAGAUGAGCUGAAGUUGAGGGUUCAGUCCUACAUAUCCGAGGUGGCCAGAAUCGAGAGUCUAAUGGCUGCCAAGGAGCAGGAGAACCGGGAGGUUCUGGAGCGGUUCCGGGCAGCCCACUCUCAAGCUGAGGACUGGGAGCUGAAGCUGCAGCAGGCAGACGGGCUCAACACCUCCAUCCGCCUGGAGCUGCUGUCUGCUGACACUGAGCGCAGGCACCUGAGAGAGAGAGUCAGCAACCUGGAGCGAGAGACACAGGAGCACAUGAGUGCCCAGCAGGCCUACGAGGCCCAGGGCACCUCUCUGGUCAGGAGUCUGUCCCGCCUGGAGGAGGAGCUACAGCUGGCCAAUGGGGAGAGAGACUCCGCCCUCGCAGAUCUGGCAUCCGUCAGGGAGCUCUGCGUCAAGCUCGACUCCACCAAGGAGAUGAGCUCACGGCAACUCACCUCCAAGAGCAUGGAGCUGGAGAGAGUGUUGGGAGAGCUGGAGGAUGUGCGCUCGGAGGCGGAGCUUCUGAAGAAGCAGCUGGCCAAUGAGAGGCUUUCGGUGCGUAACCUGGAGACGCUGCUCAGUAGUAACCGGCAGAAGGAGUUUGAGACGCACCUGAGCGCCAGCGAGCGCCAGUCUGAGCUGAAGGUGCUGCGAGAUCGCCUGGCCCUCUCCGAAGGCAGAGUUGCCACACAGGCCAGGGAGGUUUCCCAGCUCAGAGGGAAGGCGUCCCAGCUGCAGACAGAGCUGGACGUGCUGAAGAGACAGCUCACCAAAGAGCGCUUUGAGAGGGAGCGAGCGGUGCAGGAGAUGCGCAGACAGGGCGUGUCCUUCUCCUCCCUGAGGAGCUCCUCCCCCCUCUCUCCUGAGCGCUCCAUCCUGCGCACGCCUGAGAGGCCCUCCCCCGAGAAAAGCGUCAGCUUUAAAGAGCCAUGAAGACGAGAGAGUGAGUGUGUGAGUGAGUGAAUGUGUGAGUUUCUGUGUUUAGGAAGAGCAGCACUGGACAUGGAUCAUGCCUGAAUUAAUAAUUCCAUUAUGUUCUGUUGUUGAAAAUGUUCAUAUUUUGUAAAUGCAUUUUAAUAAAUAUUUACAUUUUUAAGUUA